AUGCUGUUGGACCUUACUAUCCUGGGUUUGUUUAUCACUCGAACGAGGGUUGCCGAGCCGCUUCAGUGGAACGGACGAAUGAAACACUCAAAGUUCCGGCGGCGGUUAGCUAUUUUAAUGGCGGACCCACAUUUCAGUGUCAGAGGUGGCAUCGGUCAAAGUGAGAAUUCCAACGACCCUGCAAUCAUAGCAUGUCGACUUGGUCGUGGUUGGGGCAUACUGAGUGGUGUUCACUUCGAAUAUGACCCCAAGCUCUUAUACGAGGAUGAUCCAACUGUUCAUGUGAAGCGCGUUUGUGAUGAACUGUGGGCGGGCAACGAGUGUAGAAUAGAGCUGGUGCGGCAACUUGUGGGGAAUCUGUUAAAUCCCGACUCCAACCUGGUUUCAGACCUACCCUGUGAAUAACACACAUUCGUGGACCAAGUGAAUUAUGGCUCUAUCUGAUUUGUAACUGGAAUUGCUCAUUUUCAGGAUGACUGUGAUUUCAUAAAAAGUCUUUUCGUCCAAUUAUACGAUAGGACACGAACUCUGUCGAAGAUGGUUAUUGAUACUAACCAUCUUUUUUUUCAUUUUUUGAACUUGAGAUAUUGG